UUUGCAAUUUUUGGGUUUUUCUAGCUUGAUUGGUCUUUCCAAUUUAGCACCUUUCUUUUCUUUUUUUUUUUAGCUGUUUCUUUUUCUGUUUCUUUUGGAUUUUUAUUUGAAUUGAUGAGUUUUUGAUCUGUUGUAAAGUAAAGCUAGCAUUCUGUAUGUUGUUUUUCGGUGUCAGAGUCUGGAUCGAUGAGCUUUAGGGUGGGUCUGUGAUUUAGAUGGUUUGAAGAUUUGGGUUUUCAUUCUUAAAAUUUUACCUCUGUCGGUUUUUUUCUAAUUGAAUUCCUUUAGCUUUGUAAAAUUGGCAUUUUAAGCCAUGUUUGGUUGCUGAGAAAUAACAGGACCUUAGAAUUUUAAAACGGCAACCCAACCUUGUAAGGUUACGAGUUUUCAUUUCUUUUCUUAAAAUUUCUUAUCAACCCAUUGGGAGGAGGUUCUGCGGCUUUGGGAUCUGUAAAUCCGUUCUGUUUCUUUAUAUAACUCCUGAAAAAAUGUUGGAGGGUCCUUCAUAUUUGAUCUCAAGGGAUUUGCCAAAUGCCUGCGAACAAGAGAGCAAAUGGAUUUACAAUACUUUCCUUGUUAUUGAACUCUCAAAUAGUAAACGCCCAUUAGAAGAUGGAGAAGACGUUGGGUUGAGAAAGUUUUCCAAGCCAUCAGAUGGCCAUGAGACCGAGGAAACAAUGCAGGGUUUACAUGAUCUUUCACUUUCUCAAGCCAACCAAUCUAAUACCCAUCAUGAUACCGGGGAUCAGUCAGAUUUGAGUUCACUCAUUAGCCAAAUUGGCCGAGACAAUUCUAUUAAUUGUCUCCUUCAGUGCUCAAGGUCUGAUUAUGGCUCAAUUGCAUCACUUAAUCGGAGCUUCCGCUCUCUAAUUCGUGGUGGGGAACUCUAUAGACUGAGACGAAAAUUGGGUAUUGUUGAACAUUGGGUUUAUUUUUCCUGCGAUCUUCUUCAGUGGGAGGCCUUUGAUCCAAUCCGCCGCCGAUGGAUGCAUUUGCCUAGAAUGCCUUCAUAUGAAUGCUUCAUGUGUUCAGAUAAAGAAUCAUUGGCUGUUGGUACAGAGCUUCUUGUCUUUGGAAAGGAAGUUACGUCUCAUGUUGUUUACAAAUACAGCAUUUUGACUAACUCAUGGUCGUCGGGCAUGAAUAUGAACAGCCCCAGGUGCUUGUUUGGGUCGGCUAGUCUUGGGGAAAUUGCUAUUCUAGCCGGUGGUUGUGAUCCAAGGGGUAAUAUAUUGAGCUCAGCAGAGCUUUAUAAUUCAGAUACUGGAACUUGGGUGACUCUGCCUAGCAUGAAUAAGCCCAGGAAAAUGUGUUCUGGGAUCUUUAUGGAUAGAAAGUUUUAUGUUAUUGGGGGAAUUGGGGUAGGAAAUUCAAACUCGCUUACAUGUGGAGAGGUUUAUGAUUUGGAGAUGCGGACUUGGCGUGAGAUUCCUAACAUGUUUCCAGGACGAAAUGGCUCAGCUGGGGUGGCCGAGGCAACACCUGCUGCAGCAGAGGCACCUCCUCUUGUUGCAGUUGUAAAUAAUGAGCUGUAUGCAGCUGACUAUGCAGAGAAGGAGGUGAGGAAAUACGACAAGGCGAGGAACUUGUGGGUCACAGUUGGCAGAUUGCCUGAGCAAGCUGUUUCGAUGAAUGGUUGGGGGCUAGCAUUUAGGGCAUGCGGAGAUCGGCUUAUUGUUAUUGGGGGACCCAGGGUUUUAGGUGGAGGGAUUAUAGAGCUUAAUUCUUGGAGUCCAGGUGAAGGCCCGCCUCAAUGGGACCUGCUUGCUAGGAAGCAGUCAGGCAGCUUUGUCUAUAAUUGUGCUGUAAUGGGAUGUUAAGGUGCCUGAUUUUGGUGGCACCAUGUGCAGGACUUUCUUUCUGAUUGGGAUUUUACUGUUUUAGUUCUCAAGGAGAUGGAGAAGGGGUUGUGGCGACUGGUGGGUAAUCUUCGCCUUCCCUUUUUUGGGUAAAAUUUCUGAUUUAAUCAAGGUUCAUAGUAAUUUUCUUGUAAGGAGGUCUCGAGAUUCCUCUUAUCUUUUACUUUUAUUUUGUCCUAUUGAUUUGAAUUUUCCUUAUUUUUAGUUACCUUGAAUGUUCUUCAAAGGUUGGCAUCAUGCAGAACAGGCACAGGUCAAUAAUUUGAUGUAUCAGUGCAUUUUUUAGGCUGUGAUGAAUACUUGCAAAAGCUUUAUUUAGCACCACAGAAAUUGUGUUAUGGGUUUUGUGACUAAAUUGUUUGGCUUUUUCAGAAGAGAUAAAUUUGAUUUUUGGAGCCAUUGCUUUCGUAUCAGUUUUAUUAAUUUUUCAGUCAAGAGGCUCUUAUAUGUUGGGAGUUAUUAAACUCUUUGUGCUAAUUGUGUUUUCUCUAUAGAUGCUAUGUUUAUAUUGAUUGCAGGGUCCCUUCUUUUUAUGUCUAAUUGGGUUAAUUUCAUUGUGCAGCUCUUGGAUGGCUAGUCCUGUCUUGGUUUUUCCCCCUUUUGUACUGGCAUUGAAUAUUAUUUAGUAUUAGUUUUCUUGAUUCCUGAUACUUAAAGCCUACUCAGCAAGAAGUUUUGCUUCCAUGGAGAAGAAAAAAGAAGGCUUUACCAUAUAGGAAAUUCCUGCAAGUUAAUUAGCUUCUCCAUCGAGUUCACAAACUUAACUCAUUCUUUCUUGUAUUUGUACAAUGAGAUGAACAGUCUCUUCUACCAAUAUAAGUAGAAUAUGUUUUUAUUAUGUUUCCAA